AACAAAGUCCAUCUCUUUUAACGCAGGUGCCCAAAGCUCAAACGACUGGUUUUGCCAGCAUGGAACCGGAUAAAGAGAACCGUUAUAUGCAAAGCCAUAAACAUGUGGCGAGAUCUUGAAUCCCUUACUAGGCCUAGCAUAGCCAAUCCUCCUUGCAUCAUGGAGGAAAUAUCCAACAACUGUAAGAAUUUUUCAGAACUCAAAAUCAUGGGCCCGUGUGACAUGUUCUUCGCGCAUACACUUGCAAGUUGCUUGCCAAACUUAAAAGUCUUGAGCCUUCGUUGCUCGAUGCUCUUCAAGGAUGCUCUAUUAAUAAUCUUAGACGGGUUAAAACAUCUUGAAGUGCUUAAUAUUUCCCAUUGCAUCAUUGUAGAAGUCCCGCCACCACCCGCCCCUAGAAAAGUGCUUAAGGAGCUCGAUGAAUCGAUUAUUGAAAAGGCGUCUAGAAUACGCGAGUUCGUGACUUGUAUGGAUGAUUUAUGUGUAAUGUGUAGGAGAACAAGGCUUGAUGAAGGGUUUUUGAGGUGGUAUAAGUAUGAAGAAGGGAUUUGGAAGGAAGAUGAAGUAAGGUCUCUUGCAAUUUGAGUUUAUUAAAAAGUUUAGUGUAGUGGCAAGGUUACCCCUUGUUCUUUAUCUUUCUUUCAUUUUAAACCCUUUUCUUUUUUUAGUUGUAUAUUACCAAGAAUGUAGAGAAGUGAGACAGGAAAGUUUUGUAUAAAGUAUUAGAUGCUAAUUAUAAUCGUAGUAUGUUGCUUGAUU